AUGAACAAAAUGAAAGACAUACAAAGAAGAGUCUUUAAGCGAAGGUUGCUUGCAUUAGUGGAUGAAAUAAUGGCAGAAAAGCAAUACAUUGUGCUAAAUAGUCCAAGCACAUUACUGUCUACUCCAUCGCCAAUCAAUACUGACAUACUAGUUGAUACUAGCACCAUGAAUGAUGAUUCUAAUUCACAACUCACGCUUUAUUAUCAGUCCAUUCCAUUGUUAUCUAAUCAAGAUAAUCAAAAUGAUAAUAUUGAAGAUCAAGAAGAGUAA